GACAGUAAAAAGUGAGGUUAAGUAAUUUAGGUUAAUUCAAACGCUUCGUUGUCAAAAUAUAUUUCUUAUUAAAAAAAAAACUUGUGAAGAACAUUUCCUCAUUGAUUUCUAAAUCAUUUAAAAACGCAAAAUCGAUUUGAUAAAGUAAAACUUAAAAUCAUUAAUUAGUUUUUUUUUUAUGGUGAAUCAUUUGAAGAUCUUCUUAGUUAAUUUCUAUAAAUAUCAAACUUGAUGAUAAACUUUAUUAAACAUACUUUAUUGGAACGUUUUAUGGAGUCUCCCCGAUACGAAUACGAACAAUUAAAUGGUCGCGUUUUAUCGAAUUCGAUAAUCCCCGACGAUCUAAUUUCGAAAAUAUUUGAAUACCUCCCGCGGAAAGAUAUUUUAAAAGCACGUUUGGUUUGCAAAAAUUGGGACACACUCUCCGUCGAAACUAUUCACCAUUUAUAUCAAACCAGAUUUCACAAAUCCACCGAAAACUUAUCGCUACGUUACUUAAUUAUUCGCUUAUAUGGAAAUGUGUUCAAUCGAAACUUACUUCAAAAUGUUAAUGGCGAAACAAAAUUUAAACAUUGGAAAAUAUUAUGGAACGAUGGCGAUAAAUUUAAAAUAGAAAAUCCACCGUCGGGGUCACCACCGCUUCCUGAUGCACCUGAAUUUAAAGGACACACAUCGUGUUUUGCUACUUCGUAUAGACCAUGUGAAAAAAUCCAGGUUGUUGAUACAUCUGGUGAUGAUGAUGUGGGAUUUGUAAUGAAACAUAGGGUCACUGUGCAUGCUUCAGAGUGGGUUUGUGCUAGGUUUGAUUGUGGGGCUGCUUAUUGGGUUAAAUUGAGUUUAAAAGGGAAAGAUGGUACUGUACAAGAAGUUGUUGGGGAACAUCGUGAAGAACAAUGGUGUAAUCCUGAAUGGAAAAAGAUCGUAUUGGAUAUCGAUAGUAAUUCAGCAAACGUUGAGUCAAUCGAGUUUAGACAUUGCGGUCAAGACACACAAUUUUGGGCUGGACAUUACGGAAUGAAAAUGGCUGGAGCUGUUGUUAAAUUAAUUCCAAUUGAUUAAGUCAAAAUAAAAUGAUAUUAUUUAA